GGUCGACCUGCAAAGGGCUUUAUCAAUGACCGUAUAUACAAUGUUCACAAAGAGGAGGCAAAACUGAAGAUGGUUAAGAAAAGGGUCCAAUUACCUGAAACAGUCCCUGCUGAAGAGGUGUUGUCUGUUGCAGAAUGCCAGAUUCUACCCGAAAAAGAGUAUAAGGAAAUGACAGCAUGGCUGAAACACAACAUUGAACCGGCAUCCAAAGUUUCGGACCUGAUGGCUAAAACCGCAACAAAUCGUCACCGUGAGAUCUGUGAGAACAAAGAGUUGAAAGCGAAGGAUAUUUUGGCAUCAUUUCCAAGGCUUUUGGAGAGAGGAAUGAUUGAGCAGGAUUUUAAUGUUUUGUUCCAAACUGGCGACCAACUGGUUAAGAAGUGGGAUGGCAACUUUGUCAAGAAAGUACUUCAGUAUGUCACAUGUGUCAAACCAGAUUGGCGAAAUAUUGUGCCUGUAAAAACAGUCUUAAAUGAAGAUGAAGAAAGUGUAGUCGCACUCCAGGUCCUGCCACUGAUACUUCCUCCACGUCCCACAAAAGAUGGGAAGAAGAUGCAUCGCCCUUCCUAUUUGGAGUCAUCUUUAUCUUUUCUGCAGUUCAAACAGGUCACGACGAAUAUACCAGCCUUUCUACGGUCACUGCCCGCAGGCAUUGUACAACCGUUUGUGCUGGCACUAGGGGAGAGGACCGCACCGACACAGGCUUUUGUCAUUGUUGAGAGGAAUGCAAUUGAGCAGACAACCCUUCUUAAAGCAGUUGACUGCUGCUUCAAACUUUUUUAUGUUCUUGAUGUUCAGUUUCCAGCACCGUGCCAGAUUGUUUGGGAGUUCAUACAGGACAUUCUCUAUCGGGUUGGAGCUAGGAAGGGACAAGAGAUUAGCAAAAAUGUUGCUAUUCUGAGGCGAUAUUUUGAUCAGUAAACUAGAAUAUGCUUUAAUAUUAUGAUAAAAAUUUUAUAUAAUUAUAAAUUUUUUAAAAAGUAGAAAUUUUGAUCAGGAGGGGGCGCAAUGUGCCUUAGAAUAUUUUUCGUCAAUUCAAAUUCCCGCCCAAUAACGUCAUCUAUCGACGAGGUUUACUAUUCGCCAGGUAUCAAAAUGGCGGCUGCAGAUCAAUGCUUUCGGUGUUGAUGUGGUAAGUAAAAUAUACCAAUAUACCAAUAUCCAGCUGUAUCUUCGAUGUUCAUGACCAUCGGGUGCAUAUGUUUUUAUCAAAACGUCGAGUAGUGAGGGAUCUUUUCAAAUUUAAUUGUUAUUGUUUAACAAAGCAAAGAAUCUGUGAUCCUUGAUUGUGUUAAUAUGAAAUGAUAGAAUAAUUUUGUAUGUAAUGAUUGUAAAUUGUAAAUUAUAAUGGAAACUUGUCGUGCUCCCAAGGAAGAGAUAAAUACACUCGUAAUGGUGGCAAAUCUUUUCAUAUAACAAAUUUGUGUAAAGUAAGACUUGUAAAUAGAUACAUUUGACAGAGGUUGCUCAGUUUGCAAUACAACAUGCAAUUGGUAAUGAUGAGUCCUGCUUUUUAGAAAGACCAGUUCAUGUUCAUGUUUAUAAGAAUCUUUUUCUGUACAAAGAGAGAAUUGUAUGGAUAGGGGUAGGGCAAUCUCGCUAUUUUUGUGCGACUCCUGUGCAGUCUGGGAGCAAGCUGGUAUUUAAUCAAUUUGCUGUAUCAUAAUCAAAAUAAUUUAUUCAAUAACAUUUU